UCAACUGAACCGAAUAGGAGGCCAAACUUUUCUUGGGGACAAAUUCGAGCUGAGACCAUCUUAACCUCUCGAUCAUCCGUCGUCGCCAGUGCUCUCCAACAACCCGGCAAGCUAUCGCUGAUUGCGCUGCCGUGUUGCUCUCGGUCAAUUUUGCUAUCUUACGGCUUCCCGACGCGGCACGCAUCUUCGAUCCUGCUUCGGCCUUUGUACCACCCGCGAAUUCUUUUUGUUUUUGUUGUUGUCUUCUUUGGGGAGUCGCUGUUGCCCAACCAAUCAGUCAAUCAAUCAAAACCCAGAUUUCCCAUCUCCCAGAUCUCCACCACGUUUAUGCAAUGUCAGGCAACACCCUUCGAGGUACUCCAGGGCGCGCUCAGGGACGCGGAGCCAUACCAAACUUUCCAUCCAGCCCGGCAGCCGCCGCUGGUUCAAGCUCGUCCAUUCCUCGCCCUGUACUCGAACAAACCAUGAGUAGCCAUAAUACUCAGCCUCCAGCCAGCGAGGCAGGCGGCUCCACCAUGAGCGCCAGCCGUCAAAAGCAGACAAAAAGAGAUGAGGCAAUCCGCCGCAAGAUGGAGAACGACCUUGCCAAGAAGAAGCAUGUGACGGGCCGAGCCCGGCACUCGAGGAAAGCCCCGCCCGGAACCGUCCUCGCCCUCAAGCCCAGCCAGGCCCUCCAGAUCAAGCCCGGCACCACGGUGGCCGAGGCGGCACAGCUCAUGGCUGCCAAGCGGGAGGACUGCGUCUUGGUCACGGACGAUGAUGAUAGGAUCGCGGGUAUCUUCACGGCCAAGGAUCUUGCCUUUCGCGUCGUUGGUGCUGGUCUCAAGGCUACCAACGUUACGAUUGCCGAGAUCAUGACCAAGAACCCGCUGUGUGCCCGGACAGACACAAGCGCGACCGAUGCUCUCGACUUGAUGGUGCGCAAGGGUUUCCGCCACCUGCCUGUCAUGGACGAAAACCAAGACAUUUCGGGUAUCCUUGACAUUACAAAGUGCUUUUACGAUGCCAUGGAGAAGCUAGAGCGGGCCUACUCCUCAUCGAGGAAACUCUACGAUGCGCUGGAGGGAGUGCAAUCGGAGCUGGGCGCCAGCCAGCCUCAGCAGAUCAUCCAAUACGUCGAGGCACUGAGGACAAAGAUGUCAGGCCCGACCCUUGAGUCGGUCUUGAACGGCAUGCCCCCUACGACUGUCGGUGUAAAGACAUCUGUCAAAGAGGCUGCGCAGAUGAUGAAGGAGAACCACACAACGGCCGUUCUGGUCCAGGAUCAGGGUCAAAUUACAGGAAUCUUCACCAGCAAAGACGUCGUGCUGCGUGUCAUCGCUCCCGGUCUGGACCCCGGAAACUGCAGCGUUGUCAGGGUAAUGACGCCUCAUCCUGACUUUGCUCCGAUGGACAUGAGCAUCCAGGCUGCUCUGCGCAAGAUGCAUGAUGGCCACUACCUUAACCUCCCAGUCAUGAAUGACUCUGGCGAGAUUGUCGGCAUGGUGGACGUUCUCAAGCUUACGUAUGCCACUCUUGAGCAAAUCAACACCAUGUCCAGCGGCGACAACGAGGGUCCCGCAUGGAACAAGUUCUGGUUGUCCUUGGACAAUGAAACAGAAUCCAUGGUUUCUGGAGAUGGAUCGCAUCACCACUCCCAUUCGCACAUCCACCACCGUUCCGUUAUGUCACCAGACUUGACGCGCGAGCGACUGGAUAGUGUUGCGCCUGGAGACUCGGCUUCUCACGCCGGCGUUGAGUCUCCCGGUCACUCGAUUGUCCAACACUCUCCUGAGCUGCCCGUCAGCGAGAUCCCUUUCCCCUUCAAAUUCAAGGCUCCGAGUGGCCGAGUCCACAGGCUACAAGUGAUCGCUUCUCACGGAGUAGCUGCCUUUAUUACCAACGUCACUUCCAAGCUUGGUGGAGAGAUCGAGGCAGUGGGUGGCGCACCAGAGGUUACCGAGGACGGACAAGUCCGUGGUGGCUUCGCGCUCUCAUACCUCGACAACGAGGGCGACUCUGUCAGUAUCACAGCCGACCAGGAUCUGCUCGAGGCAAUCUUGCUUGCCCGCCAGUCCGGUCGUGACAAGGUUGAUCUCUUUGUUCACGACCCAGAGAAGCCUCCAGUUGCUGUGGCAGCUCCUGCAGCUGUCCCGCCUGCCCCCUCUGAGCCUGUCUCGGUGCCCAUUCCCACACCACCAGCAUCCAGUGUUGCCCGGGAGCGCAGGAGACGUAAGUCGCCCGCCAGCGAUGAGAGCGACGAGGAGGAAGAGUCUGAGGACGACGGAUCUUCAACUCUUAGGAGACCACGCCGACAUCAACGUGCCGCGGCAGCGCAGCAGGAGCCGCUCAUCGCGGGCGUCCCUAACGAGCUGUUGCUUCCCGGCGCUAUCGUCACGCUUGCGGUUGUUAUUGUUGGUGUCUUUACCAUCUCGCGCAUCUCAAGCAACAACAGGUAGAGCCAGCUCCGGAUGGUUUGAGGUCGGGGUUGGCGAAAUAAAUGCAUGAGCCUGGACGUGUUUGUCAUGGACAGAGUAGAUACCCACACUGGGGAGAGGCUCCAGCCCACGUAUUAUUGUUUUUCGUCAUAUAUGAUUUGCGGCGAUGUACUUUCGUGUUGGCAAAGAAAUGUGCUCAGCUUUUUACUGUUUUUGAUAUGUACCACAUAGUGUCGACGAUACCUGUCCCAUACAAUUAAUACCGUACGCACUAAUCACAUUGUUUGCUUCUGUUGAUUACUCAUGUGAAUAUCGAGCUAUAUCGAGCAAUCCGAUCUGCCAUGUAUUUAAAUUCCACCUACUUUUCUGACAAAUGAUUCCAAACCAUUGACUGCCUGU